AAACCCUUUUUUCUUUGAUCCAUUCUCUCUCUUCGUUUUUCUAUUGCUCUACUCUUCCUUCCUUUUCUGGGAUUUAUUUUUUUACUUCCAUUCAAAGAGAAAUAUCAUCAAUUUUACUUCUUACUCUUCACAAAAACUCGUUUUCAAGCUUCCGGAUUACACAGAAACCGCUAAUUUGAAGCUAUUUUAUUCAAUUGCUUAAAAUAAAUCACCCAGAAGAACAUAAUAACAGAUAUAAGUUCUUCUUGGGUUGGAGCUCAUAAAGUGAAAUCUUGUGGCAAUUUCUCCAUUGGGCUCACGUUCUACACAUUUUUUGAAGUUUGGAGGGGAUGGUCAACCGCUCUGUGAGAUGUUGAUUGAUGGAUUCUGAAGGCAGGAAGUUUGGAAGAGGUCCGAGAGAGCUUACAGGUGCCGUUGAUCUGAUAACUCAUUACAAAUUGAUACCGCAUCACGAGUUUUUUUGCAAGAAGUCUCUUCCUGUAUCAAUUGCAGACACAUAUUAUCUUCACAAUGUGGUUGGGGACACGGAAAUCAGGAAGGGUGAAGGAAUGCAGUUGGAUCAGUUAACGACAUCAUAUUCACUGGAUGGAGUUACACGCAUACGGCCCUUUGAUUUAGAUUCUCUGAGAGAAGCCUUUCAUUUAAGGGAAACAACCCCUGUUGAGUUACCUCCUUCAGAGAAAGGGGUACCGACAAUUGCAGGAAAAUCUAAAAGCGAGUCGAAAGAAAAGGAGAGAAAGCACAAAAAGCACAAGGACAGGGACAAAGAGAAGGACAAAGAACAUAAGAAGCACAAGCACCGCCAUAAAGACCGGAGUAAAGACAAGGACAAAGAUAAGGACAAGAAAAAGGAUAAAAGCGGGCUUCAUGAUUCCAGCGGUGAACAUUCAAAGAAACACCAUGAUAAGAAGAGGAAGCAUGAUGGUGAUGAAGAUGUUAAUGACAUUCAUAGACAUAAAAAGAGUAAGCAUAAAAGCUCAAAAUUAGAUGAGAUGGGUGUAAUAAAGGUUGCUGGGUGAGGCAUUUGCUGGUAGUUUGUUCAAUUAUCGUUCUCAAUGUUGGGGAUUUCAAGGAGUUGAUUACUUCCAUGCAAUGAAUCGAGAGUACGUGCUAAUAUGACGAUUGCGUGGAAGGUGAACUCGUGUAAGAACAUACAGAUGAAAGGUACAGAUUGUUGUUGGUGACAUUCUGUACCAUCUCGAGAUCCCCUUUAAUAUAAUUGCUAGUAGCCCCUGUUGAAUUCUAAUCAUUUUGUUUUCUGUUUAUAUGGCGCUUCGGAUAUUCCCAUCUCAUGUCCAUUAUGAUUUAACAUUUUUUUUCUAGAGGUCUUAAUUUGAGCACUCUUACCAAUCUAACCGAGUUAGAAAUUGCCGCUGAUUUGUAGGCGGAAAACGUUUAGGAUUGGUUGAAAGUGCUAAUGUAUUUCUCGUUUUACUUCUACGUCUAGGAGAGUCUCGUCAUUUUUGUCAUUGUCGAUUGUCUAAACACGUAGGCAGAAUGUAAGGGUAGGCGUGUAUCCUAACUGAUAUAUCGUUGUACAUUAUAUUGAAUCGGGAGUAUGGUUCUCGGAAGUUACGAAAUUUGUUAGUAGACGUCUCUGCAUAAGUCACCGAUGAGUGUUUACCUGUUACUGAUGGAUGUGAAAAUUCUUCUGUAUUCUUAAGUCUCGAUUAAUGAUAUCAGUUUUGCAUCGA